AUGCUCCACUUGUUGCUAAUUUUAGCUGUUGUUUAAGCAAGAAACAAAUCUCAGAAUGAUACGAUCAGAAUUCAAACUCCAGGUUGAUAUUGCUCUCUAUUAUCCUAGAAUAUGAAAAAAAUGUGAACAAUACUAAAAACAUCUUUUAUUCUUGUGUUAUCACAUCAUCAUCUUUUUUGACAUUCAAUGAUGAUGUUGUUAUGAACCAAUUAAAUUCAAUCAUUGAGGCAUAUUAAACAAUUGAAUCGGCUGAAGUUAGAUAUGAAACAUAAAGAAAAGCUAGUAAGAGAAUCCAAAUUGAUGCCACUCAAUAUUGCAUCCUUCGACAAACAGGUGUGACAGCUAAAUAAGUAAAUAGAUAAUUGAUUAAAAUUUUAGAUGUAUGAUGAAAUCUAAGUAGGACUAUUCAAUGUUACCUAAUAUUAUUAUUUGAUGAAUGACUUCGAUUUGUCAAAAUAUUAAAAUCAAUCUGCUAAAAUUACCUUUGAUGAGGAUGAAGAAUCAGUUUGGAGGAUAAUGGAAGUAUAUGAUAAAUUUCAUUCUAGGACUUUUAAGCAAAAUCAAGGGAAAUGAUAGGAGAUGAUGAAUUUGAUGGAUUACACUAUUCUUAAUACCCUGAGUAUAUGGAGAAUCCAUACGAACCCAAAGUAUUUGGUUAAUCUAUUGACAAACAAUCAAGUACUUCUAUUUUCAUUUUUGCAUCAGUGUUUAUAGCAUUUUUUGUUGUCAUGAUUUUAGGUAUUAUUAUUGUUAUGAUAAUGAUUAGCCUACAAUGCUUUGAAGGAUAGCCAUAAGAAAGUUGAAUAAAAGAAGGAAAAGAAAUCUAAAAAGUAGAAAUGAAAUAAAUUAUUUUU